CGACAAAAAAAAAGGCAGAGGACUAAGCGAUUAAACCCUAAACCCACCACUGGAUCUGCUCGUCGGCGUCGCCGUUCUCCAUCUUCUCCGCCCUCUCUUAUAAUCUCGGAGAGUAUUCGAGUAUGAACCCGAAAGCUUCAGACUCGCCUCAGAAACAAUUUUUAAAACCAAAUGCGGUGGUUCCAUGGAUGCGAGCUCCGGUCGACGUAAGUUGCAUCGAAAGCUGCAAUCUCGACACCCUCCCUUCCCUUGACCCGAGGUUGAAUAAGGCAUUGACGAACAUGGGAAUCUCUUCGCUUUUUCCUGUGCAAGUUGCGGUCUGGCACGAGACACUGGGGCCAGGUGGUUUUGAAAGAGACAUAUGUGUUAACUCACCUACAGGAAGCGGGAAGACAUUGGCUUAUGCUUUACCUAUUGUGCAGAUGCUAGCAUCUCGUCCAGUGAGAUGUCUCCGGGCCUUAGUUGUAUUGCCUACUCGUGAUUUGGCCUUGCAGGUUAAGGAUGUGUUCAAUGCUAUAGCACCAGCUGUGGGCUUAUCUGUUGGUUCAGCUGUGGGUCAAUCUUCAAUUGCUACCGAGAUUUCACAGCUCAUUAAAAAGCCUAAACUUGAAGCUGGAAUUUGCUAUGACUUUGAGGAUUCAUCACAGAGUCUUGAAAGUGCAGUGGACAUAUUAGUGGCAACACCAGGAAGGCUGAUGGACCAUAUCCACAACACCAAGGGCUUCACCCUUGAGCAUUUGCGUUACCUUGUUGUUGAUGAAACUGACAGAUUGCUCAGGGAGGCAUAUCAAUCCUGGCUACCUGCUGUCCUUAAACUUACUCAGAGUUCCGAUGAGAACCCGUUUCCAACUUCCGCAGCAUCACCUUCCUCUUUUGGUUAUUUGAGAACGUUCCAUAGGCAAAGUAUAGCGAGAGGAUUCAAGGGUAAACCAUUCCCAAGGCUUGUGAAGAUUGUAUUGUCAGCCACAUUAACGCAAGAUCCAAGCAAGCUAAUUCAGCUUGACCUGCAUCAUCCCUUGUUCUUGACAACUGGAGAAAGCCGAUAUAAACUUCCAGAGAAGCUGGAAUGCUACAAAUUGAUUUGUGAAACUGAGCUCAAGCCAGUAUAUUUGGUGGCUCUUCUAAAAACAUGGGAAGGUGAAAAGUGCAUCAUUUUCACAUCCUCUGUAGAGACUACUCGCCGGCUAUGCAAGUUACUCAACUUUUUCGGUGACUCAAAAAUAAAAGCGAAAGAAUACUCUGGUGGUCUGAACCAAUCAGUUCGAAGCAAGGAACUAAAGGCCUUCAGGAAAGGCGAUAUACAGGUGCUUGUUGCCUCCGAUGCUUUUACACGUGGGAUGGAUGUUGAAGGGGUGAAGAAUGUCAUUAACUAUGAUAUGCCCCCCUUUGCUAAGACCUUCAUUCAUCGUGCUGGACGGACUGCCAGAGCAGGACAGUCUGGCCGCUGCUUCACAUUGCUAGAUAAGCGCGAGGUGAGUCGUUUCAAGAAGAUUCUGAAGAAAGCUGGGAAUGAUUCUUGUCCAGACUAUUCAAUCCCGUCCAGUUCAAUCGACGAUAUCCGUGCUACUUUCGCACCCGCUCUAGAGAAGCUGAAGGAGUCUGUUGAAUCGGAAGCACCAAGGAAAGGAAGGCACGGCGGCAUUAUUAAUAGCAAGUCAAGAACAGGAAGCAGCCAAAAGAAGAGGAACAGAACAGCAGCUCCUCAGGUGUCGGAAGAGAGAUCAUAGAUUUGUCCAAACGCUGUUAUAAGCCGCGAGUUUCAUCUCUGUGUUCUUGUUUGUCUUUGUAAAUUUAUGUAUUUGAGGUGUUAGAUUAGCUAUAUUCUUCACAUUGGCAGAUUGUAUUCAUCAUAGUUUCGAUAACUAUAAACCCUUUAAUUUUUAUUUAUUUAUUUA